AUGUCGCGUCCAAACUUCCUUGUAAUCGUCGCAGAUGAUCUCGGUUUCUCGGAUGUCGGUGCCUUUGGUAGUGAGAUCAAGACACCAAACAUUGAUAGAUUGGCAUACGAUGGAGGACUACGAUUUACCGACUUCCACGCGGCCGCAGCAUGCUCACCUACUAGGUCCAUGCUGCUUAGUGGCACUGACAACCAUAUUGCUGGCAUUGGCGCCAUGAACGAGAAUUUGCAAGAGUUUCAGAAGGGCAAACCUGGUUACGAAGGAUACCUGAAUGAUCGCGUGGCUCCUCUAUCUGAGGUCUUGCAAGAUUAUGGAUAUAAGACCUACAUGUCUGGAAAGUGGCACCUUGGCUUAUCCCGUGAUCGCUGGCCUGUCAAGCGUGGGUUUGAUCGAUCUUACUCAUUGUUGCCUGGUGCGGCCAAUCACUAUGGUUAUGAACCUCAGAUUGAGGAGGGAGACAACCAACCAAAUAUCCUGAAGAGCACAACUGUGUUCUAUGUUGAGGACGACAAAGCAAUCGCCCCAAAGGACCUCGGCAAGGACUUCUACUCCACAGAUCGGUUUGGAGACAAAAUCAUCGAAUAUCUCCAGGACCACAAGCAAGAUGAUCCUGAGAAGCCUUUCUUUGCAUAUCUGGCAUUCUCGGCGCCUCACUGGCCACUUCAAGCCCCAGAGGCAGAUAUUGACGACUAUCGUGGUGUCUACGACAAUGGACCUGAGCAUCUUCGUGACCAGCGACUUGGUAAACUCAAGGAGCUAGGCCUCGUACCUGAACAUGCAGUACCGCAUCCAACAGUCGCACCACCAACAGGAAGAAUGAUGUCUCAGCCAUGGGAUACACUCACGGAAAACGAGAAAAAGACCUCUUCGAGAACAAUGGAAGUCUUUGCAGGCAUGGUGCAGAGGAUGGAUUACCAGAUCGGACGUGUAAUUGAGCAGCUAGAGAAGACUGGAGAUCUCGACAACACACUCAUACUCUUCAUGUCUGACAAUGGAGCCGAGGGCAUGUUGAUGGAAGCUCUGCCGCUCAUCGCCGGUGAUAUCUUCGCUCACGUCGAGAAGUACUACGACAACAGCCUUAACAAUAUCGGUCGCGGCAACUCUUAUGUCUGGUAUGGGCCUCAAUGGGCAAACUCGUCCACUGCACCUUCUAGACUCUACAAAGGCUUCUCGUCGGAGGGUGGCAUUCGCGUGCCUUUCAUCUUGCGUUAUCCUGCAUUGACUGCCCAAAAGUCUCAAGAAAGCAACAUUGAGCACUCUUUUGCCACUGUCAUGGACAUCUACCCGACUCUGCUUCAGCUGGCAGGGGCGAGUCAUCCAGGCAAAACAUACAAGGGACAUGAAGUCGCACCUGUCCGCGGCAAAUCAUGGGUACCAUAUCUUACUUCUGCAAAAGCCCAAAUUCAUGACGAGAACUCAGCUGUGGGAUGGGAGCUUUUCGGAAGACUAGCGGUCCGAAAGGGAAUUUUGAAAGCAACCUAUAUUCCUGCCCCCUACGGUCCAGAUAAGUGGGAGUUGUUUGACCUAAAAGCUGAUCCAGGAGAACUCAACGACAUUUCAGGAGACAAUAAGGAGAAGCUUGCCGAGCUUCUGAGUGAUUGGCAAGAGUAUGUCGCUGAGGUUGGAGUGGUUGGACAGGCACCUGAGUAUGGUACGUUGGUAUUGGACUAG